AUGGCUGAGUCAAUCGAAGAUAAGGAUGGGUAUCUUAUUCCAGGGGUAGGAUUAAAUAUCGAAUUCCUUCACAAGAUUCAAGAAAGCGGGCGCAAUCCAUGUGGAACUAAUUCUAAUAUAAGUGCUUGCGAAGAGAGCUCAUUAAAACAGAUAAACUCUACAGAAGUUCAAAGUAGCGUAAAGAAUGAUAGACAAUUGAAUAAUAGGUAUAACGGUUUUCUCCCUCGAUGCCAAAAUGCUAAUGAGCCGGAAUUUAUUAAAUCCUCACAAGGCUCUGUCCGGACAACUCAUCAAAUUGCCGAUUCAUCCGCUUGGUCUGUAGAUACUGUUACUGUGAAAAGUGGCAAACAUCGAACAAACAGGGUUAGUGGAGUGAACAAAGACAGAAUAAAAGGCAUGGAAUUACCGGAUUUAGUAGCCAAUAUACAUAAUCUUAUCGCCAAACGGAUUAUAUCAUCGCAUUAUCGUCAAACCCAACCUACUCGUCACUCAUACGGUAUUAGCUGCAGUAAUUCCACCCCGGGGCGUCGAACCACUGGCCCAUAUCGUUUAAAACCUUUAGUUAACAACAAGUUUCAGAAAAAAGCCUCGUAUGUAUGCCGAUCCAGUAUCUUCGUCGUUAAAAGGACAUAA